AGAGCGCUGCCCUCAGACAUGGCGGCGCCCUACUCGGCUUCUCCUCACCAGGACCGCACGGCCAGCCAGGCCUUGCCAGGACUCGGGAACUUCCUUUACUCGCCGGCUUCCUGCACGGCUGGCAUUUAAACGGCGCCAGGGGGGCCGUGGGUUGCCGCUGAGGAGCUGUCCGAGCAUCCCUUAAGUCAGCCGUGCUUGUGCGCGCGUGGCGACGCAGAACUCCGGCCUCUGGAGGUUUCCUUGCGUUUAUUUCCAAGACCGCCACGCUCCGGCUCCAGCCCCGCGAAAGAGCCUGCGAGCCGGCCUGCGCCGCUGCUGGAUGAAGCAGAGAGCGAGCGGCGCGCCGGCCAUGGUGCGGCUGAGCCCCGCGCCUUCCUCGUGAGCUGCCCCUUCCCUUCCCCCCGAGAGCCUGCGCCUGGGCGGCGGGGCGCGCGGCCGUAGCGAUGUUCAGCUGGCUGGGGAGUGAUGAUCGCCGGAGGAAGGACCCCGAGGUCUUCCAGACUGUGGGCGAGGGGCUGAAGAAACUCUACAAGAGCAAGCUGCUGCCCUUGGAAGAGCAUUACCGUUUCCACGAGUUCCAUUCGCCCGCCCUGGAGGAUGCCGAUUUUGACAACAAGCCCAUGGUUCUGCUGGUUGGCCAGUACUCCACCGGGAAGACCACCUUCAUCAGGUACCUGCUGGAACAGGACUUCCCAGGCAUGAGAAUCGGACCCGAGCCUACCACCGAUUCCUUCAUUGCGGUAAUGCAGGGAGACGUGGAGGGAAUAAUUCCUGGAAAUGCCCUCGUGGUGGAUCCCAAGAAACCCUUCAGGAAGCUCAACGCCUUUGGCAACGCCUUCUUGAACAGGUUUGUGUGUGCCCAGCUGCCCAACCCCGUGCUGGAGAGCAUCAGCGUCAUCGACACGCCGGGAAUCCUGUCUGGGGAGAAGCAGAGGAUCAGCCGAGGCUAUGACUUCGCAGCUGUCCUCGAGUGGUUCGCUGAGCGGGUAGACCGCAUCAUUCUGCUCUUCGACGCCCACAAGCUGGACAUCUCAGAUGAGUUCUCGGAGGUCAUCAAGGCCCUCAAGAACCAUGAGGACAAGAUGCGGGUGGUGCUCAACAAGGCUGACCAGAUCGAGACGCAGCAGCUGAUGCGCGUCUACGGGGCCCUCAUGUGGUCCCUGGGCAAGAUCGUGAACACGCCCGAAGUGAUCCGAGUCUACAUCGGCUCCUUCUGGUCCCACCCGCUGCUCAUCCCUGACAACCGAAAGCUCUUUGAGGCUGAGGAGCAGGACCUGUUCAAGGACAUCCAGAGUCUGCCACGAAAUGCUGCCCUGCGCAAGCUCAACGACCUCAUCAAGAGAGCCAGACUGGCCAAGGUGCACGCCUACAUCAUCAGCUCCCUGAAGAAGGAGAUGCCCUCAGUGUUUGGGAAGGACAACAAGAAGAAGGAGCUGGUGAACAACCUAGCUGAGAUCUAUGGGCGCAUCGAACGAGAGCACCAGAUCUCACCUGGGGACUUCCCCAACCUGAAGCGGAUGCAGGACCAGCUCCAGGCCCAGGAUUUUAGUAAAUUCCAGCCACUGAAGAGCAAGCUGCUGGAAGUGGUGGAUGACAUGCUGGCGCACGACAUUGCUCAGCUCAUGGUGCUGGUGCGCCAGGAGGAGACCCAGCGGCCCGUCCAGAUGGUGAAAGGCGGAGCGUUUGAGGGCACCCUGCAAGGCCCCUUCGGGCAUGGCUAUGGGGAAGGAGCCGGGGAGGGCAUCGAUGACGCCGAGUGGGUGGUGGCCAGGGACAAGCCCAUGUAUGAUGAGAUUUUCUUCACGCUGUCCCCAGUGGACGGCAAGAUCACGGGCGCGAAUGCCAAGAAGGAGAUGGUGCGCUCCAAGCUGCCCAACAGUGUGCUGGGCAAAAUCUGGAAGCUAGCCGACAUCGACAAGGACGGCAUGCUGGAUGAUGAGGAGUUUGCCCUGGCCAACCACCUCAUCAAGGUCAAGCUGGAGGGCCACGAGCUGCCCAAUGAGCUGCCCGCCCACCUCCUGCCCCCUUCCAAGAGGAAAGUCACUGACUGAUGGGAUGAGGUAGGGUGGGAAGUACUUGUCAGGUGGGGCAUUAGAGUGGGAUGAGAGUGAUGACUGCACACACACGCACACACACACACACAGGGGUAGGCCAGUCCUGGGAUUGCCUCUGUGGCUGCCCCACACCUCCAGGCUGACCUUUGUUUGCACAGAGCUCCAGGUUCCUGGAGUUCUAGAAGGAAGUUGCACUCCUGGUCCCUAUGUCCCUACAUCUUCUUUGAGACCCAGUGUAAAUCACUUGCCACAGAGCUGGCCCACCCAUCCCCACACACUCCACUCCCUCUGGUGCCUACACACUUUGGUUCUGGGCAGAUGGAGAAGAUUUCAUUUAAUAAGCAAUUUGCUUUUCUUCUGUGCUUUUAUUUUUCCCUCUUUGAUUUCCUAUUAAGAAAUGUUCUCAGGGGCUAGGAGGUAUGAGGUCAGAGAAUGGUUUACAGCUGGGAGAGGAAGCAUGGGUGGUGGGAAGAAAGGUUGUCUCUUCCAGGACACCGGGUUCCAUCCUACUCUUUUCCAAGAGAAUAUUCUCCUCCUCAGCCAACCUGACUUUGAACUUCAAAGAAUCCCAGAAGAGGAGAGAUGAUGGUGGUAGGAAAGAGCGAGGGAGCUGUGCUGCAGCAUUUUGUUUAGAACCAGCUCCAUGGCCUGGAGCUGAGCUGUGAGAUGCUUGCCCUUGACCCCCCAGUAAUGCUCCAGCUGUGUGCAUUACUCUGUAUGGUCUUCACUGAUGCCCCAGCUCGCUGUGCAUUCUCACCUGCUCCCUCUGUGACUCAGAAGAGCCCAGCUGACCUUCCCACUUCCCAGAGGUCGUGGGCUGCAGAGGACAUGCAUAGCCAGGGCCUUAGAAUUCAGACUCCCCUCACUCACAUACACACACACUGCGAUAUGUAUGGGAUCCCAGCAUUGUUACUCCCUGAUAAAGCCAGGAGCACAGAUUCAACCCGCAGGACCCCUUCACAGCCUCUCACAUAGCAGGCUGGCAAGGGUGGAGGCAGAAGGCCUUGCCAGCGUUUGGUGGGCCAUCAGUCUGGCCAUCUGUCACCUCCCAAGAAUACCGUGCCUUCUGGCUGUGCUCCCCAUGUUCCUGCCACAACACAGGGCCAGCAGCACCAACAGGAGUGUAGGCAGCCUGCUGAAGGCUGUUCGGAUCUGUCCCUGCCUGGCUUCCCACCCCAGCCACCUGCAUCUCUCCAGCUGCAACACAGCCACUGCUCCUGUAUCAGGUGGGACCACGUGCUGACUCCCAAAAGGGUGACUUGAGAGGUGUGUCCCCAGGGACUCUGUGGAUUCCCACUACACUCAGUGCCCUAAGCCCUCUCUGCAAUCCUCCCCACCCCGGGCUUGCUCCACAGUCACUUGUCUACUCACUUCAUAUGCUAUGCUGCUCCUGGGAUGGAAAACAAAGCAAGGAUAACUUAUUUUGUAUCUAUGUUCUGACUAGAGAGAAUACUCUAUGUAUCUGAUGUGCUUACUACUGCAGUGCAUUGUCAUCAACCCUCAUGUUAAUAUAGCACACUUCUUUGGUA